AUGGAAGAUAUGAAACUGAGAGAUGUUAGCAAGAUGACUACAGGGUCCGAGACAACGCUGUCUCCAGACAGGGUAGUUUCUCCUUGUUCUGAUGCAGGGCAGAACUCUAGCCCUUCUUCGUGCAGUGACGUUCUCUCUGGUAGCAUUGACCAUGUCAAACGACCAAUGAACGCCUUUAUGGUUUGGUCACGUGGACAGAGAAGGAAAAUGGCGCAAGAGAAUCCAAAAAUGCACAAUUCAGAAAUUAGUAAAAGGCUAGGUGCUGAAUGGAAAUUGCUGACAGACGAGGAAAAGCGACCAUUCAUUGACGAGGCUAAAAGACUGCGAGCUCUGCAUAUGAAAGAGCAUCCGGAUUAUAAAUACAGACCACGAAGGAAGCCAAAAUCGUUGCUGAAGAAAGACAAAUACUCUUACACAAUGCAUCCGAUGAUUCCUGCAAUGAGUGGAUCCAUCUCGCAAUCAUAUGCCUCUUUGAUGUCACCACGCCAGCCUGCAGAGUUGUAUGCCACACCAGCUUCUAGUGCUCUAGAGAAAGAUCGAACUCCUUUUCUUCCACCAACGUCUACAUAUGGACUAUAUCCUCACCUAGAGGCAGCAGCAGCAGCAGCAGCGUUUGCUGCCUCCGCAGCAUCGACCGCUGGAUCAAGAAAAAUGGAGACAGCAACAUAUCCUUCAUUCCCAGCUCUUCGUUUGCCAGGUGGAUUGACCAACCAUUUGUUCCCACCGUAUCUAAGCGGACACGCUCAUCCGGGCUUGUCAAGUUUCCAGCACGCUGGACAUGAGCAGAUGGGUCAGUAUUUAUUUCCUUAUGUGCCUCCGAGCUAUAUAUCAGCAGCGACGGACUUUCAUAAACCGCUGUCUUACGUCAUGCUCAAGCCAGAAGGACAAUUUUCGCCACCCAUCUACAGUUUUGUGAUUACUGGACACUAG